UUAGGUACUUCAUCCAUUUUUGGGUACGCUGUUGUUGUCUGUCUCCGAUUACUUUCCAUCUUUUGUUUAAGGCCAUAGCAUCGUUCACAUUCUCCUCACUUUCUCUUCAAACCUUUCCUUAGCUUUUCUAUUUAUCCUGCAUCAAAUCGACUCUUCCUGAAAUCCUACAUCUCUCUCUCUCUCUCUCUCUCUCCCCCUCAGAAUGGCUGAGAAAGUCUACCCUUCCAAGCCCACCCCCAUCGGCGCCGCGCCCGCGAACCCGCCGUUCCCCGCCACGAAGGCCCAGCUCUACGGCGCCAACCGCCCGGCCUACCGCCCGCAGGCCCGGCGACGCCACCGCCGCGGCUGGUGCUGCUCCUGCUGCAUCUUCCUGACUCUCCUCGUCCUCGCCCUGCUCUUCGCCGCCGCCAUCCUCGCCGCCGUCGUCUACCUCCUCUACCGCCCCCACCGCCCCUCCUUCGCCGUCUCCGCCCUGAAGCUCUCCUACCUCAACGUCUCCCAGUCCUCCUCCACCGUCAUCUCCAAGUUCGACCUCAACGUCACCGCCAAAAACCCUAACAAGAAGCUCGUCUACUACUACGGCCCCAUAACCAUAUCGGUCCACAGCGACGGCGUCGACGUCGGAGAAGGCUCCUUCCCUUCCUUCGUGCACGGGACCAAGAACACCACUUUGCUGAAGACCACAAUCGCGAGCAACGGCGGCGGCGGAGCGAUCGACGCGGCGCCCCUCGCGAAGCUGACGUCGGACAUGAAGAGCAAGAACGGCCUGCCGUUGGAGGUGAAGUUGGAGACGAAGGUCAAAGCGAAGAUGGGGAGCUUGAAGACGCCGAAGGUCGGGAUCAGAGUGACGUGCGUGGGGAUCAAGGUAAGCGUCCCGAGCGGGAACGCGACGGCCACGGCGUCGACGGCGGGAGCGAAGUGCAAGGUCGACACGAGGGUCAAGAUUUGGAAAUGGACGCUUUAGUGAGGGAAUGAGGAAGGAGACGGAUAGUUUGAUGGAGCUUCUGUUGAUCUUGUGGUAUAGUUUCAAUUUUUUAUUAUUGGGUAUAUUGUUUGCUUUGUAUACUUUCGAUCCUCUACCAUUGAACUGUCUUUCUUUUCCUAUUGUUCAUCAGAAUGUGUUUGUAAAAAUGAGAUGAAAGUUGAUGGGAUUGAUUGCGUUAGACGGUCGAUGAAAACUCCGUGAAAUGA